GUGGCUGCUGGGGGCGGGGGAGUCCGCAGUACUUUGUCAGCUUUUUCUUUUUUCUACUCAUUCUCAAAUCUAAGUUCACGGCUUGAUUGACAGUGACAGAAAGGGGCUGUUUGGCUGCGUUGACGCUUAAGGAGACAGAAAAAUGUCCCAACCAGGACACCGUCCUUCCUCCUCUCCCACGUUCUUUAUCUCAGAAUCUUCCUCAGCCCCGCAUCCCUCCAAAAAAUAAAAACCAGGAUUUAGUCUGAAUGCUGACUAAAGAGUUGUGGCCAAGUUUAAUAAUACUAGUUAGCAAUGUGUUAUUUAGUACUUUUAAGGAUAAUCAAAGCCCAAGCCCUAUUCCCAUAUUUUAGAAAGGGCAAGAAGGAUCAACUGUUUCCAAAGUAGUGGAAAGAAAGGGGUCAGAAGAGAGUGGUAGUUGCAAGGAUGGGAUUUUCUGGGAUUGGGUUCUUGGCCCAGUACAUUCUCUCCUUCUUUCUCAAAGUGGCUCUAUGGCAAAACUGCUUGCUGCUGACUGCUCUACUCACCCGGUUUUUACAGUUUUUAAACUGUAAAUAGAAAAUUCUUUAACGGAAGAAUGUCACGGAAAGUCUCCAGGGAAACUAAAAAAGUUAAUGUUUCCAGCUCCUUGGAAUCUGAAGAUAUUAGUUUGGAGACUACGAUACCCACAGAUGACAUUUCAUCCUCGGAAGAACGGGAAGGUGCCAUAAAAAUCACUAGACAGCUGAUUGAGCGGAAGGAGUUGCUUCAUAAUCUUCAGUUACUGAAAAUAGAGCUUUCUCAGAAAACCCUGAUGUUAGAUAACUUAAAGGUGGAAUACCUGACAAAAAUUGAGGAGCUUGAAGAGAAAUUUAAUGAUGCUCUGCAUGAGAAACAGAUGCUAUCUUUACGACUAGAUAGCCAGUUGGCACUGCAGCAAGAAGAUGCUCGAAAACAUCAAGAACUAAUGAAACAGGAAAUGGAAACCAUCUUGUUGCGCCAGAAGCAACUAGAAGAGACCAAUCAUAGGUUAAGAGAGUGGGCUGGAGAUAUCCGUCGCAGUUUGUGGGACCUUGAAUUGACUGAUGAAUACUAUGCCAAACUCAAAUCUGUUUCUGAAGAUGAGCUUUCUCUUCCUGAGUAUGUGUCUGUUAGGUUCUAUGAAGUAGUACAUCCCUUAAAAAAAGAGCUAAAUGAACUACAGAUGAAAAAGGAGGCAUUAUUUGAAGAACUAAAUGAUAACAAAUCUCAGCUGAAAUACCUGCUGGAGAACUAUGAAGCAGAAAGAAGGAAUCGGUCAGAGCUAGAUGUUAGAUGUCAGCGGUUAACACUUGAACUAGCUGAUACAAAACAAAUGAUUCAGCAAGGUGACUAUAGGCAAGAGAAUUAUGAUAAAGUAAAAUGUGAACGUGAUACCUUUGAGCAUGACUUGUCAGAGCUUCGAAGAAAAUAUGAAAUAUUAGAAGUGUCCCACAAAGCACUAACCAAAGAAAGGAAUGAUUUAUCAAAAGAGGUUUCAGCUUUACAGCAGUCUGUCACCUUGCUACAAAAGGAUAAAGAUUACCUCAAUCGUCAAAAUAUGGAGCUCAAUGUCCGUUGUGCACAUGAAGAAGACCGUCUUGAAAGGCUUCAGAUUCAGCUGGAAGAUGCCAAAAAAACCAGAGAAGAAAUGUAUGAGAAAUAUGUGACAUCUAGAGACCAUUAUAAAACAGAGUACGAAAGCAAACUGCAUAAUGAAUUGGAACAAAUAAGACUAAAAACAGCUCAAGAAAUAGAACAUCUUCGAACAGCUACAAAGGAGAUGUAUGAACGUGAGAACAGACAUUUGCGAGAAGCAAGAGAUAAUGCAGUGACUGAAAAGGAGAGAUCUGUUGCUGCUGAAAAAGAUGCUUUUGCAAAAUAUGAGCAGCUUUUAGGACAGUACAGGCAGCUGCAACUCAGUACAGAAAGCAAAGUGACUGAAGUUCUCCAUCAGAGUAAACUGAAGUCCUUUGAAAGUGAGCGUAUGCAACUUCUACAAGAAGAAACCUCCAAGAACCUUUCACAGUGUCAGAUGGAGUGUGAAAAAUACCAGCGAAAACUGGAAGUUUUAACCAAAGAAUUUUACAGUCUUCAAGCAUUGAGUGAGAAACAGACUUCGGAACUUCAGGCACAAAACUCAGAGUACCAGGCAAGGCUUGACACGUAUGAAAAACUGGAAAAAGAACUUGAUGAGAUUAUAAUGCAAACUGCAGAACUUGAAAAUGAUGAUGAAGCAGAAAGGGUUCUGUUCUCCUAUGGAUACGGUGCGAACGUUCCUACAACAGCAAAAAGGAGGCUGAAGCAAAGUGUUCACUUGGCAAGGAGGUUAUUACAGCUAGAAAAGCAAAACUCAUUGCUUACAAAAGACCUGGAACAUCACAAGGAACAAGGAACCCAGAUUUCACAAGAGCUGGAUAGAGCUAAUUCCUUGUUGAAUCAAGUACAGCAGCCCUACAGGUACCUCAUUGAGUCUGUACAACAAAGAGAUUCUCAGAUACUUUCACAGAAAGAACAUAUUGCACAACUUGAAAAGGAUAAUAGCCUUUUGAAUAAAGAAAAGACAGCUUUGCUGCGUGUCAAGAAUCAAAUGGCAGCAGAUUUAGAAAGACUUCUAAAUCACCGUGAGGAACUUGCUGUGAUGAAACAGAUGUUGAUUAGACUUCACUGUAAAUCCGAUGAAGACAGUUUGCCUCAGAAACAGGGUAAACAUCUUCCUGCAAAAGCCAGAUCAAGUCCAUUGGCCAGUUUACCUUUAGAACAGGAAGAAGGAAAUGUGUUUGCACCUAAACCAACCUUAUUUACUAAUAAAGUGCCACCUCAGUGGUUGAAGUCAGCAAAGCAGAAAAAAGGAACUUAGAUCAUUAUCCCAAGAAAGAAAUAUUGGUCAUCAUAAUUAUGUUGAAAAUAUUCAAACCGCUCUAUUUUUAAUAUCUGCAUUUGAACUCUCUGUAUUUUAAUAUGGUAAUUAAAGGUAUAUAGUAAAGAGAA